AAACGACUGAGAAAAAAGUAAUCUGACUCUAUCAAAAUGAUGUUGGCAACUAGUAACAUGACGUCAUUAUUGACUAACGACUGUGCAGGAAAUACACAUUUGAAAUACAGAUGUGCGAAUGAAGAGUGCUUUUUUAUGUCUUCUCUUUGCCCUACCUCAAGCAAAUGUCCGUGGUCAUUGCCGGACAGAAGAUACAUGUACUUCUGUCCUCUUACUGGAUGGUGUGAAAGAAUGGAUACCUAUUGCCUUCGGCCUUGUGGGUUCAAAUAUGGCAUCUACCAUUAUGACGCACAGUGCACUGGUUAUCCAGGAUUAUGUGGAUUAAUAUCAUUCAAUUGUCCACCUGUGUGUUCAAAAUUAAAACCAUACAAAUGCCUGAAGGAGAGGAAAUGUGUUAAAGGACCAAAUUGGUGUGGUGAUUGCAGUGGAUUUCGAUGCAAAUCAGACAGAACGUGUAUCAGUUCUUAUAAAAAAUGUGAUGGUCUUUCGGACUGCAGCGAUGGCUCAGAUGAGAUUUCUUGUUACACGGCACCUGCUGACCCAGGAGAUGGUACUAGUAAUGAAAUUGCACUGGAGAGUUGGCAAAUUUUGGCAAUCUGUGGAGUUGUUCUGCUUGUGCUUCUCUUGUGCACUUACUGGUGCUGUAAAAAUAAAAGAGACAGUAAUGGUGAACAAUCCAGGACUGUCGGUGUCACCAGCCGAGAACGCCAGACGACCACUUCCUCUGGACCAAGACUGACUGGUGCGACCAUGCCAUCUGCUACAACUUCAUCGCCUCCGUACAGGCCGCAUCAAAGCCAUACCCCCGUAACCCGAGGACAAUCCGAGGCUGGCUAUCACCCGUUGUCAACAAACAAUACUCAACACAGUUAUCCACGCGUGGCCAGAAGCUAUCCAGUGGAUCAACCAGUAGACAGUGCUCCCAGCAGGUAUCCGCGGGCAGCAAGCAACCAUCCAUUACAUCCACCAUCUACCAGUGUGCAUAUACCUAAUGAGAAUUCGACAGCUGCACCACCACCUUCAUAUUCAGAGGUGAUAGAAAAUGACGAUCAGUACAAAUUGAAAGAUCCAGCGUUGCCCACCUAUGAAGAAUACACGGAAUCACCUUCGGCUAAAGAGACGUUCAUGUGACGAACUCUUGCUGCUUUCUUCUGUUUGUAAAAACAUGCACUUCAUAAAUGUGAGCAGGUUUUAGGCAUAUAGGGUAGAACGGGGUAAUUGUAGCCCCCGUUUAUUUGUAGCCCCUGCAUUGUUUGAUGCAUGGGGAUAUCAAUCAAUAUCAUAGGCAGAGGCUACAAUGACCACAUUCUACCUUACUUGAAAGCCCAGGUACACACACACUGGCAAUCUUGAGUUUACCAUGCUGUCAUGCACUGGCCCCUGCAUUCAUCGGGAAUGCAUAGUUCAUCACGAUCCGAUCAUCAUACUCGGUAGCGUGAGAGCUGAUAUCAACUCAAAGAGCGAAGUUGGAAAUUUGAAUGUUUAUUUCUCUAGAAAUGCCACAGUGGAAAUGUUUUGUUUGUGUUCUACACAUAUGCAUACAUGUACAUGUACUUAGAGCAAAGCAGCUGCCUCCAUUAUUAAGUUGCCAGGUUACAAGAUAACUUGAUUUGUGGGAAAAAAACUCAUAAAGGGGGACUAUAGGCAGGAGCAGCGGGGUUAAAGUGACCAUUUUCGGUGACUUAUAUGCACGGUAAUGGCACUGGGUCGUGUUUGAUUUUGCACUAAAUAUAUUUUUCGUAUAUGUGUGAAUUGUUUUGUGUAUCAUGGGAUUGGAGAGACCCCUAUUGGCAAUUUUGUGUAACUUUAACUUUCCUACCUAGCUGCUGCCUAUAGUGUCCCUUUAAGCACGCAUGUAUAGUAUUCUAGUUCCUAAACUGUGCCAACCAUUUCAGAGGUUUUACUCAGGUUCUCAAGUAUGGGCCUAAACGAUAGAUUCGUGCACUUGAUUGGGAACAACGUUUACGAACCGUUGCGUCAUGUCACGGUAGUGUAAAACCGUCAGAGCUGCAAUGCAUCGUGACUUGACGACGGCCAACACUAUGUAAACGUUGUUCCCAAUCAAGUGCAUGAGUCGAUAGUGAUAGAGGCAAAAUUUCGAACAUGGUGUGAUGAUUAUUGAUUUAUUAGUAUUACAGCAGUUUAAGCUCUAAAUCGUAGACGUGCAUACAUCAAAUUUAUGUAUGCAAUUGUACAAUAUAUUCUCUACAGCAUAUUAAUGAAUCUCGCAGUGUUAAAGCUAGUGUUGUUUUGAACAAGCCAGCCAUGAUGUUUAUAUCUAUAAUAUAAAAUGUUAUUUACCAAAAGUCAUUUCACAUGGAAAGCAUACUGUAGACUCCUCUUGUUUUGCCUAUACUGGUCAUUUCUAGUUACUCGAGCUCAUGUAUGGUCAUCCUUUUGAGGCCAACUGCUUUUAUUUGUUUAUAUAUCGAGGCAAGGCAUGAUCUAUAUUAUUUUAUACAUGUACAAAUCAGGUAACAUGGAGGUUGAGAUCAGGAACCUACAUAUCGAUAUGUGAUCCGUCACAGCAAAACCAGGUGCUUGUUGCUCUGAGCUUGGCUGAGGUUGAGACGGACUGUUUGUUCAUUUCUCUAUUGUCUGCCUUUUGUGAAAUAUGAGCACAUCAAUUUCUUCCAUUAUCUUCUGGUGUCAUUUAGGCUCAUCUUCUGUGCGACAUGCACCUGGUUUUGCUGUGACGGGUCACAUAUACGUAUACAGAUAGUAAUGUACACAAAUGUCUCCUCUUUCGACAGAGGUUUAUCCGUAUAUAUUAUAAGGAUCCUUAAAGGGACAACUUGGGCAUGGUAGUUUAUACCUGGCCAGAGGAUAAUGACACUGCUUGCCACCAUGCGCCGCCACCAGCAAUAUCACACAGUUGUGAGUUCAAAUAGUGAUUUUGGACGGUGUUGCGAGGCAGUUUUGGACAUGUCCAGUGAAUUUCAGGCCGGCCUAUGGUUACACCCCGUUCUAGUGCAUUGUUUAUUGCAGUUCAAUAACUUUUUUCCUGUUUGGAGAAGUAACGCCCCUGCUGGAAGUCUUUUUUGUAUGAAAAAACAACAUCUCGUACCAUGUUGUCCCUUUAAUAAGUGGCUGUUCUCAAUCCCCCUCAUGUCCUACAUGUAUAAAACCCAUGACCAAAUUAAGAGAAAAAAAGAUUUGUUUUUCUUGUGAAGUUUUGACCAACUUGCAUAGAGUUCCAGUUUUCAGCCACAAUCUGAUCAUUUGUUACAUUGGCAUGGACAAAUGCCUGGAAUAAUUGGGACCUGCACACAGUGACAAAAGUAGGCCGUUGUUGCAUAUGGAUCGGGGAAGGAAGAAAGAGGGGCAGGGCGGGGAGUGUUAAAAAAGGUGAUACGAAUAAUUUGAUUAUUGAGUAACUAAUCUUCCAAAAUAAAAACUUGGAACAAAUAAAGUCAAGUGGUGCGUGCAAGAAUCUUGCAAGUGCGACAUCUGGCAAAAUUUUGUUAUUGGUAUCAUCUUGAUUGUUGGACUGCCCCCUAUUGACUGAAAUCAAAACAUUGAUGCAGGUUGUCGUGAAAUAUUGACAGCCCUUUCAAAAUGACAUAUAGUCAAAAACAGCAGGGUCACUUGGAGCAUGCACUUGAUGGCUCAUGCAGGCAUGACUCUAUAAGUUUCUCAAAAUCACCACAAUGGCACUUGCUGGGUUCUUUGCAUGCACCCCUACGAAUGAUGUGUUCUGAAGUUCAUAUCUCAAUCAGUUCGCGAGUGAUUGACAAGUAAUUUUCUUCCUUCUCAAUCAGCACAUGUCAAUAACUCAAUAUUUUUCACCCAAUUUUAGUGCCGACUUUGCCAGAGGAGUCUGUUAAUAUGGUCAAUACUAUAAAUGUCU